CGAUUGGUCGCAUCCUACGCAGUUCUAGGCAUUUUUAUGCACGUAUCAUUAGUAGUGACAGUCAGGCGAUUGACAGUUUGCUUUAUCCGCCAGGUGAUUACGAUCUUCAGCUGACAUUGACCUGGCAAACAAAAAACAAACUAUUCCGAUUAACGUCUGCCAGUCGUUGUAUCGUCGUCGUUCGCGUUCGUCGUUCGAUGACAUUAGUUGGGAAGAGAAUAUACCUAACCUAAAAACCGAACGUCCGGUCGUGACAUUUUCGUUGUGAAUGUACGCGUCUCAUCUCUCUUGUCAAGUGGUCGCAUUUAUCGAGUGUAAAAACACUCUCUCGGGAAAGAGGGAUAUUUCCGAGUCGAGAAAGAAAGAAAGAGAGACAAAAAGAUAAUUGUCGGAGGUGUCAUCUUUAUGUUAAUGGCCAGUCGAGGAACAUACGCGACACGACCAUGACUAAUAGCCUCGUCUGAAUGAGAGUCGUGUAUACAAUUUUCAAAAUAGAUCUCAACUAUACUUUUUACAAUAUGCUUUUAUCUACUUUGGAUGCAUUUUCCAUAGUAGAUUUGACAAUUAUAUAAUGAAUUGUUUAAGAAAAGUUUUAAUAAAAUACUAAAAUUGAUAAAAAGCUGGAUGCUUAAACUGGUUCAAGAUGCGACAGUGUUGUUUAAAUCACCAAGUCCUAUUAUGGCUUAUGUUUCUGAUUCUGUAUGCUACAUACAGCAGUGCAGACAUUUUAGUAUUUUCUGCAAUGGCAAGACAUCAAAUUGAAGAAGAAUUUCGCGAUAUGCCUGCCAAAUUUGGAGGUAUAAUACCAUCAGAAGGAAUUAAGGGUAUGGCAGUUUAUGCCAAUCCUGCCAAUGCAUGUCAAGAGAUACAAGGUCCACCUAAUAAUACUGAUUACCAUGGUAAUUGGAUAGUUUUAAUACGACGUUAUAACUGUAGUUUUGAAGUGAAAGUUCGAAAUGCGCAAAAAGCUAAAUACAAUGCUGUUAUUGUACAUAAUGUAAACAGCAAUGAAUUAGAACCAAUGUCAGCAAAGGAUAAUACAGGAAUUUCUAUACCAGCUGUAUUUGUUGGUGAUGUUACAGGAUUAGUUAUCAAAGAAAAUUAUUUAUAUGACCAAUCAUAUUUUCUAUUGAUUAACGAUGAUCUGCCAUUCAAUAUCAAUACACAUUUACUCUUGCCCUUUGCUAUCGUUGUUGGAAUAUGUUUUCUAAUCAUUGUUAUUUUUAUGAUUGUUAGAUGUAUAAAAGAUAGAAGGCGACAACGGAGGCAUAGAUUACCUAAUUCUAGUUUAAAAAAGAUUCCUAUACAUAAGUAUACAAAGGGUGAUCCAUAUGAGACAUGUGCUAUUUGUUUGGACGAUUAUGUGGAAGGAGAGAAGUUACGAGUUUUACCAUGUGCACAUGCUUAUCAUUCAAAAUGUAUUGACCCAUGGUUGACAAAAAAUCGAAGGGUUUGUCCUGUCUGCAAAAGAAAGGUUUUUGCCGCUGACGAACAAGUUGUAACCGACGAAAGUGAUUCGGAUGCUGAUGACACAACGCCCCUCAUUCGCGUCCAACAAGGUACACAAGGAGGAACGUUCGUGCAACAGAGAGAGAAUCCUUUUGAUAGAGCCAGGAGAUCACAAGCUAGGCAGGAUAUUAAUAAUUCUAGCGAUAGUAACUCUGAUUCCGAUCAAUCGCUUGUUACUACCGAUAAUGGUAAUAGUACGACUAGUGAACCAAUGAAUGUAGCUUGUGAUUUUCUGGUAUCCGAUAGCCAUAGUAUAAAUGGUGAACGACAAGAGUUAGAACGUUCGGAUAGCAGUACUAAUCCACAUACAGUAAGUUUAUACACGGGCGCUGAAGAAUUUCCCGCAUCUAUUGAAAUCGCACAAUCGCGACGCGGGGUCAUGACAGAUCUCCCUACGUCAAAUUCUGAUUGUCAUGUUGAAAUUUCGGAUAAUGUGACGACGUUGGCCAGUAAUUCACAAAAUAGAAACGAUGUCAUUACAUAAUGGCCUGACUAUAUGAUUAUUAUUAUACGUUACGAGUCGAAAUUCGUGAAAAGGAUUUUUUCUUUUCUUGGGAGAAAAAUUGAUUCAAUAUGGUGCACGGAGUUAUAAUAGAAACAAUGUAGGAUAAUGAAAACGGAUAAUCCAAAAGUAGGUAGGUAAAUAGAUAGUAUUUUUUAAUAUAGGCAAAUUCCAUUAUAUUUUUCUCAAAUAAUGAUAUUACCACUUUGCUUUAUGCCAAAUAUCUUUUUGCACUUAUGUGUCUAGUAUUUAUCUGAAUUACAUCAUAUUUCUUUUGCGAUGAAUACCAUAUGCAAUGACGUAUCAUGGAUCAAUAACUCUAUUUUAUAUAUAAUUGCGAAUCUUUUUCGAGGAAAAUAUUUUAUAUUUU